ACUCGGAUGCUCUCCCAUCCACCUACCAACAUACAUAGACAUGUAUGUACCUACGUAUGCUGUGACGGUGGCCGACGGUCUGACCGAUGCAUCACGAAUCGCGCCUCUCCCCAUGCGGACGGGCGGCAGCGAGGCACGCAGAAAGCAAUCUUCGUUGCAGCACACAGCGGCACGACACGGCAGCCAGGCUCCAGCAUACAGGUUCCCCAUUGAUUGCAUCAAAUCCUCGCCCUCUUCAUUCGCCCACCUCCCCGUUACAUAUUGCAGGCCACCGCCGCUAUGCCAUGCACGCCGGCGAGACACAGGCUUUGUGGCGUCUGCAUAUCUUCUCGGCCACCCACUCACGUCCCCCCUCCGCUGCCCAGCUAAGAGCUUACUCUCCGAACGCUCCACCCUCAGCUCCACCCAGCAACAGCUGUUCAUUACACUUCAAAUGAACCAAGCCUGCCCAACACCAACUACAGCAGAAAAGAAAACACCCACCCCCCGAUCGAUUUGCUAAUCAUUGGCAACGUGUUCUCCCCUGGUCCACCUGCAGCCAUGCGCCAUCAUCGACCAUCCUUCGUAUCAUCGUCAAGUACACGUAGAUAACCCCCGAUCCACUGUUUUCUUUUCUUGCUCUUCACCGGUAUGAUGAAUACGCUGGUAGCAAUAUACCAAUAUGCAUGGAACCCACUCUCAUCAUCUCCAUCCCCGACCAUCUAUUCGCACUUUUUCUCUCCUUUCAAAGUCUACUACAUAUAUAUGUAUCCCACUGCAUGCAUGUAAUGUGCCCGUCUAUGCACUAUUCAUGUCGAGUGAAUCCCACACCCCGACAAGUCACAACCGUUUAGCCUAGAUUAACCCCCGAUCCGGACUUGCCCUUGCCUGCCCUGCAAACCACCGCUUCAGGAAGCUCCUCAUGCUUUACCCAAUGCCGUGUCAUGGUCCCUCCAACUCCAUUAUGCACACCCUCUGCACCUGAUGGCCUGCAUUUGCCACCAGCCGCCCCCUACUACAUGGUAUACAGCUACAUUGCAAACGUGUGCUGGGCCAGCUACUACACUGCCACUCUUCUUCAUGUCGACCAAAAUUGAUGGACCACCGCAUCCACGCAAAAAGCCAGGAUACCGCGGUGAGUAGAUGGUUCGUUUCUCUUCUUUACACCGUAAAGGCCAUUACCACCGUCUCGAUUCCAAAAGAGGUUUCGAGCAGAUAAGGGCCAGAGUGUUGGUAAAGUUGCAUCACGUUGUUUAUAUACCCACAACGGGCAUCGCCUUCUUUUAAUGGAAAUUGAAGUGUUUCCCAAAUACCAAGACUGAUAAAAAAAUGUGACAAAAAGUAGACAGAAACAAAAAGGCUUC